AGGGAUGGAGACAACGUUAGUAUGAAUAUAGAGUUUGGUAUUUUCCUUACGAUGAAUCCUGGGUAUGCAGGACGACAAGAGUUGCCAGAAAAUCUAAAAAUUAUGUUCCGAAGUGUUGCUAUGAUGGUUCCUGAUAGACAGAUCAUCAUCAGAGUGAAACUAGCGUCUUGCGGUUUCAAAGAAAAUGUUCACUUGUCUAAGAAAUUCUUUACGUUAUAUCAGUUAUGUGAAGAACAACUAUCUAAACAGGUGCAUUAUGAUUUUGGUCUUCGAAAUAUUUUAUCAGUAUUGAGAACACUUGGCGCACAAAAACGAGCAAAUCCAAAUGAAACUGAAGAAGUUGUAGUAAUGAGAGUUUUAAGAGAUAUGAACCUAAGCAAACUUAUUGACGAAGAUGAACCUCUUUUCCUUUCCCUGAUAGAAGAUAUGUUCCCGGGUAUUAAAUUGACUACAAAGGCUUGGAAGGAUCUGCAAAAAGCUAUCACGCAUAUAUGCCAAGAGCUUGGUUUUGUAAAUUAUCCUUCCUGGAAUCUUAAGGUGGUGCAAUUAUAUGAAACCUCUUUGGUACGACAUGGGCUAAUGGUUAUGGGUCCUACAGGUGCUGGAAAAACUAAAUGCAUGUUAACGUUAAUGAAGUCUAUGACAGAAAUGGGUAUGCCUCAUAGAGAACUUCGAAUGAAUCCUAAAGCAAUCACGGCUCCCCAAAUGUUUGGAAGAUUGGAUGUUGCCACGAACGACUGGACGGAUGGAAUCUUUUCAACUUUAUGGAGAAGAACUCUUAAAUUUAAGAAAACAGACUAUUGUUGGUUAAUUUUGGAUGGCCCUGUAGAUGCAGUAUGGAUAGAAAACCUAAACUCCGUUUUAGACGAUAACAAAACUCUAACUCUAGCCAAUGGCGACAGAAUAGUGAUGGCAAAUAACUGCAAAUUGGUAUUCGAACCAGAUAAUGUAGAUAAUGCAAGCCCAGCCACUGUAUCUCGAAUGGGUAUGGUGUUCAUGAGUUCUUCGGUUCUGCCUUGGUCACCGAUCUUAGAGGCUUGGUUGAAAACGAGACAGCCGCAAGAAGCUGAUUCUAUCAGAAAUCAUUUUAACAGAUGUUAUGACGACCUUCAUACUUUCGUUCAGACCAGAUUGAAAGCUAAGAUGUUUGUAAGAGAAGCUUUGUACGUAAGACAGUGUUACGAUGUUUUGCAAGGGGUAUUAGAUAUCUUUGAAGAACCAAAGACAUGGAGUGAUAGACAAAUAGAAAGAUUGGUACUAUUCUCGAUAAUGUGGUCCUUGGGGGCACUCUUAGAGUUAGACGACAGACAAAAGCUCGAAGAAUUUGCUUUAACCCACCCGUCUAAAAUGGACUGGCCAAAAGCUCAGGAAGGAGAAACCAUUUUUGAAUUUGUAGUAAACCCAGACAAUGGAAGAUGGGAACACUGGAAAUCCAGAGUUGAACCCUUUGUAUAUCCUACAGAUACUGUGUUAGAAUUUACUUCGAUCUUGGUACCUAACGUUGACAACGUUAGAACAGCAUUUUUAAUACAUACUAUAGCCAAACAGGGCAAAGCUGUACUGCUAAUUGGUGAACCUGGAACUGCCAAAACCGUUAUGAUUAAGGGUUACUGCUCAACUUUUGAUCCUGAAUAUAAGCUAAAUAAAUGCUUUAAUUUUUCUUCUGCCACUACUCCAAACAUGGUUCAGCGCAUCAUAGAAUCUUAUGUCGAUAAGAGAGUUGGUACAACCUACGGACCACCUGCAGGAAAAACUUUAACCAUAUUUAUAGACGACAUCAAUAUGCCUGUAAUUAAUGAUUGGGGGGAUCAAAUCACAAACGAAAUUGUAAGACAAUGCAUGGAAACUGGAGGAUUCUAUAGUUUGGAUAAACCUGGCGAUUUUUCCGUUAUUGCUGACGUUAUGUUCCUGUCUGCUAUGAUUCAUCCUGGAGGUGGUAGAAACGAUAUUCCCCACAGACUUAAAAGGCAGUUUAAUAUAUUCAAUUGUACAUUACCAAGUACUUCUGCAAUGGAUGUUAUAUUCAGUCAAAUUGCCUGCGGCUACUUUUGUCUAGAAAGAUUUAAUGAAGAAAUAGCAGAGUUUAUUCCAAAGCUAGUGCCACUGACGCGACAUGUAUGGCAGAAUACCAAAAAGAAAAUGUUACCUACUCCAGCCAAAUUCCACUAUGUGUUUAAUCUCCGAGAUUUGUCUAGAAUAUGGCAAGGAAUACUGACAGUCCAAAUGCUCGAGUGUCCGACUAAGGAUAUGGCUCUUAAGCUCUGGAGACACGAGUGUACUAGAGUAAUUUCAGAUAGGUUUACUGAAGCAGCUGACCGUGAAUGGUUUACAAGAGCUCUAAAAACUCAAGCUGAACAAGAACUCGGUGAUGACUUUGAGUAUUAUCCAGAGGAUGAAACAUUCUGGGUUGAUUUCCUUCGCGAGCCUCCCGAAGCUACAGGCGAUGAGCCUGAAGAUUUCUGUUUUGAUGCCCCUAAGAUUUACGAAGAAGUUCCUAGUUGGGAAUUUCUCAAGGAAAAACUGCUGGCUUUUAUGGAAGCCUAUAACGAAGCAAUUCGGGGUGGUCAGAUGGAUAUGGUAUUUUUUCAAGAUGCCAUGAUACACUUAAUGAUAAUCUCGAGAAUAAUACGAACUCCAAGAGGAAAUGCUUUUCUUGUUGGUGUGGGGGGUUCUGGAAAACAAAGUCUAACCCGUUUGGCAUCGUUUAUGGCAAACUAUCAGAGUUUCCAAAUACAGCUAACCAGAUCAUACAACGUAGGAAAUUUAAUGGACGACAUGAGAAUUCUCUAUCGCAAGGCCGGCCAAGAAGGAGUUGGAAUGACUUUCAUCUUUACCGACAACGAAAUCAAAGAAGAGACGUUUUUGGAAAGCGUUAAUAACAUCUUAAGUUCAGGAGAGAUAGCGAAUCUGUUCGCAAAAGAUGAACUGGAUGAGAUUCAAUCAGAACUUAUUCCAGUCAUGAAGAAAAUUGCUCCAAAAAGGCCCCCUACUAUAGAGAAUCUUUAUGAUUUCUUUAUUACUAGGGCUAGAACUAAUUUGCACGUAACGUUAUGUUUUUCACCGGUAGGAGAAAAAUUCCGUAGUAGAGCACUAAAAUUCCCUGGACUAAUAUCGGGAUGUACGAUAGAUUGGUUUGACAAAUGGCCAGAGGAUGCUCUUAUAGAAGUAUCAUCACAUUUUCUGCAAAAAUAUAAUAUGGUAGCUACAGCAGAGGUGAAACACGAACUUAUAGGAAUCAUGGCAGAGAUUCAAGAUGGAGUUAGUAUUUUCUGCGAGCAGUAUUUCGAUAGAUUCCGAAGAAGAACUUACGUCACACCCAAAACUUUUAUAUCAUUUUUGGGAGCAUACAAAGUCUUGUACAAAAUCAAACUGGAUGAAAUUGGGGUUAUGGCUCAAAGAAUGAAAACGGGUCUUAAGAAGUUAGUAGAAGCAGCUGCCAGUGUGGAUGAACUACGCAAAGAAUUGGCUGUGAAAGAGGUCGAAAUGAUUUCGGCUACUGAGAAAGCAGAAGCAGUCUUAGUAGAUGUCAUGGAAGCAUCUGAAGUAGCCAACAAAAUUAAAGAAGAAGCCUUGACUGUUAAAGAUAGGGCUGAAAAUCUUGUAGCCUUGAUUAGUGUGGAUCAGAAAGAAGCUGAAAGCAAAUUGAUGGCCGCCAAGCCUGCCCUGGACGCUGCCGAAGCAGCUUUAUUGACAAUCAAAGCUGCUGAUAUUGCUACAGUAAGAAAAUUAGGAAAGCCCCCAUAUUUGAUUUUACUUAUUAUGGAUUGUGUCCUCAUUUAUUUUAAAAGAAAGUUAGAACCCGUCAAACCAGAUCCAGAGCGAAAUUUCUUGGUACCAUCGUGGUCUGAAUCUCUUAAGGUAAUGGCUGAAGCAAAUUUCUUAAAGAGAUUACAAGAUUAUCCAAAGGAUACGAUCAACGCAGAAAUAGUAGAUCUAUUACUACCAUAUUUUAGCUAUCCUAUCUAUACGUUCGAAGCUGCCAAGACAGCUUGUGGUAAUGUAGCUGGUCUGAUAUCAUGGACUUUGGCAAUGGCGUCGUUUUUCGAUGUCAAUCGAGAAGUACUGCCGUUAAAGGCAAAUUUGGCUAUUCAGCAGGCCAAACUCUCAAGAGCCGAAGAAGAGUUGGGAGCUGCUAUGGAAUUGCUAAGAGCAAAGGAAGAAGAAGUAAGGGGUUGUCAAGAGCAAUAUGAAGAGGCUAUGACUUUUAAACAGAAAAUCUUUGACGAAGCAAUGAAAGUGAAAAACAAGAUGGAUGCCGCAACCGCACUCAUAGAUGGUUUAUCUGGUGAAAGAGUAAGAUGGACCGAGCAACUAGCACAGUUUAAGGCUGAGACAGAGCGACUAGUUGGAGAUGUCGUUUUACUAACAGGUUUCUUAGGCUACACCGGACCAUUUAACCAAGAGUUCAGACAACUGAUGCAGCAAUCCUGGCUCGACGCACUUAUAAGGCGGAAAAUGCCCGUUACUUUGAGUCUUAAUAUAAUCGAUAGCUUAACUGAUUCGGCAACGAUUGGAGAGUGGAAUCUUCAAGGCUUGCCCAAUGACGACUUGUCAAUACAAAAUGGAAUAAUUGUAACGUCCGCUUCAAGAUAUCCAUUGUUGAUAGAUCCACAGAGCCAGGGUAAAUUCUGGGUAAAAGAAAAGGAAAAGGAAAAUAGCUUAAUUGUUACGACACUGACUCAUAAAUAUUUCAGAAAUCACCUAGAAGAUGGAGUAUCAUUGGGAUAUCCGCUAAUCAUUGAAGAUAUAUCGGAGGAGUUGGAUCCAGUUUUAGACAAUGUAUUGGAAAAGAAUUUUAUCAAAGUGGGCACAACGCUAAAGGUGAAACUAGGAGAUAAAGAAGUUGACUACAACAGCGGAUUUAGACUUUAUAUAACUACUAGAUUGGCAAAUCCAAGAUACACGCCUGAGAUAUUUGCCAAAGCAUCCAUAAUUGAUUUUACUGUCACCAUGAAAGGACUGGAAGAUCAAUUACUUGGUAGGGUAAUUCUAACAGAAAAGAAAGAGCUUGAACAAGAACGAACCAACCUCAUUAAGGAUGUAACGGCAAACAAGAGAAAGAUGCUAGAGCUCGAACAAAAUCUACUUUACAAAUUGACAACUACACAAGGUUCUUUACUAGAUGAUGAAUCGGUUAUAAUAGUAUUAAAUACAACAAAGAGUACUGCUAAUGAAGUCAAGGAAAAGUUGAUGAUAGCUAAAGAAACAGAAAUAAAAAUUAAUGUAGCCCGCGAAGAGUUUAGACCAAUAGCAGCUCGAGGAAGCGUACUAUAUUUCCUGGUAGUCUCUAUGUCUAUGGUGAAUUAUAUGUACCAAACCUCUUUAGUACAAUUUUUAGAAAGAUUUGAUUUAUCAAUGUACAGAUCAGAAAAGUCACCCAUAAUAUCCAGACGUAUCGUUAACAUCAUAGACUACCUAACCUAUGAAAUAUUUAAAUAUAAAAGCAGAGGACCUAUACGAAGAACACAAAUAUAUGUUCGUCCUGCUUAUGUGUCUAAGAAUAGAUCUAGAAAGAGAGACAAUUACCCACGAAGAAUUCCAAAAUUUCAUCAAAGGCGGAGCUGCGUUGGAUCUGAAUGCUUGUCCAGCGAAACCAGCUAAAUGGAUUACCGAUUCAACUUGGUUGAACUUGGUAGCAUUGUCCAAGUUAAGACAUUUUCAAUAUAUUGUACAGCAGGUA